AUGUCAGAGAAGAAUGAAUCUUUCACUGACCAUGUUGACAUUGUCAACUUGGAGGCUGCCGGAGAUGCCAUCGGUCGACGGGAGUACGAGGAGACGACCUGGCAGGCGAUUACGAGACGGCCCAAGACCGUCUUCUGGGGGAUCUAUGCGUUGUGGGUGCUGACAGCCUCCAGUUAUGACAGUCAGGCCGGAGGGAGUUUUCUAUCAGUGCCCCAAUUCCGCAAAGAUUUCGGAUUCUAUUACGACGGAGAAUAUGUCAUCCCAGCCAGCUGGCAGUCUGCCUACACUGGUGGCUCUUAUGCAUCGGCAACCGUCGGCUCCCUAGGUGCCAGUUACCUGGCUGAUCGAAUCGGCCGGAGAUUGGUCUACCUGAUUGCUUUCGCCUUCAUGUACGUCGGUAUCACUUUUGAGGUGGUGGCAACCACCAACUCCAUGUUCUUUGGCGGCAAGUUUAUCAACGGCUUUGCGGUGGGUGCCUUUGGCACUGUAACCAUGACCUAUCUUGCGGAGAUCUCCCCUAAAUCACUUCGUGGUGUGACUACGGCGGCAGCGGGCUUGUCAUACACCCUUGGACCAUUCAUCGUCAGUUUGAUCCUGAACGCCUAUGGCGAGAUGGAAAACCGCUGGGCGUACCGUGGGAUUUUUGUGUCUCAGUACGCAGUCACGACACUUGGCCUGAUGGGAUUGCCGUUUAUGCCAGAAUCACCUUGGUGGCUCAUCGGGCAAGGAAGGGAUAAGAAGGCAGCUAAUGCCCUGCGUCGGCUUGGACAUCCCGCUUCGAGCACUGACGCCCAGAUUGCUUCCAUCAAAGCGACCCUUGAAAAGGUGCGGCAAGAGACCGAAGGCGUUACUUUUUUGGAAUGCUUCAAAAAGUCCAAUCUGCGCCGCACGAUCAUCAGCAUCGCUCCCUUGUCGAUUCAAGCCUUUGUAGGCAUCCUGUUCAUCAUCAACUACCUGACCUACUACAUCCAGCUGGCAGGCAUCUCCACCGCAACCAGUUUCAAGAUGCAGGUCGGCGCCACGGUGAUCUGCAUGGCCGCCAACAUGACCUCCUGGUUCCUCGUCGACCGGGUGGGCCGUCGUAAUUUGACCAUGGUCGGCGUCACCACCAUGAUUGUCAUUCUCAUGAUCGCUGGAGGUCUCGGCUCGCAGCCUGGGAAUAUGUCCUACGUCAAGGGUGUGAUUGCACUGUUGAUGAUUUACGACUUCGUCUACAACAUCACCAUCGGCGCCACCGCGUACAAUCUUCUCGCGGAGGUAUCAACCUCCCGCCUACGGGCCAAGACGGCUUCCAUCGGACUGGCCGUCCAGAACGCCUUUUACACCAUGUUCAGCUUUGUGAUGCCAUAUCUUUUCAACCCAGACGAGGCCAAUCUAGGCGCAAAAACGACGUUCGUGUACGGUGGCCUCUCUGUUCUCUGCCUGAUCUACCUCUAUUUCUACCAGCCGGAGACCAGCGGACGGACAUAUGAGGAGCUGGAUGAGAUGUUCAUCGACCGGGUUCCUGCGCGUAAGUUCCGCAAUCACGUCACCAACGUCGAGCGGAGAAUGCAGAGACUCGCCGAGCAAUCCGACAAGCAGGAGACGUAAGAUGUGGUUGAGACUCGAGAGGGAAGGAAGGCCCAGUGGACACUGAGUGGAAAGGAAGGGACCAUUAUAUCACGUGAUGCUGGUCCAUACCACGUGACAUAUAUAACGAUUAUAUAAUAUAUUAGUAAUCCCAUUUUAUGUCGGUG